CCCGACGCUCAGACCGACCGCGAUGCACGAACCGAGUGGCCGCCCCGCACAGCGCCCCGCCCGGGGAUGUGGAUGUAACAGAGCGUCACUCAGCGCCUUGAUGGUGGAGAUGGAGAUACAUCUGUGUUUGUGUUGAUGUUGUGGACAUCUCAUCUCAUCUCAUCUCAUCCCUGGUGCCGGCCGGUUGGGUUUUACAAACAUCUGUUGUCUUGAAGAAAAACGAGUUAGAAAGUCAAGUGUCAAUGAAAUAAUCUCCAGUGAUUACUGCCGCUGGGGGCUGAGGAGGGGCCAUGCCGCCCAUCAGUGAGGUGUGGAGAUACGUAACGCAGAGAGAUGAUCGAACCCUGGAAUGCACCAUGUGUGGCUGGCAGCUAGCCCACCCUUGCAGUGCUGAAGUACUGCGCCUACACCUGCAACGCCACCACCGCAUCCACUUCACCACAGAGACCGGGCAGGGGGAACCGCAGGGAACCGACAGCACCGGAGACGAGACUCAGUGUGAGGAGGAACAGGGUCACAGCGACACGCUGGACAUAGACAGCCCCGAGCCCCACAGGUCGCCGGGCAGCAGCAGCAGCAGCAGCAGGCGCAUGUCGGAGAUGCUGCGGGACUGCGCUGCACAGCUCGAGGACGAGGAGGAAGAGGGGCCAGGAGAUGGAGACCCUCACCCCACCCUGACUGAAGACGAGCUGUCCACGCUGCUUCGCUCCUGUGGGCCGUCCCGCAGUCCCCAGGGAAGCGCCGAGCUGACCUACAAGCGGCGGCUGGCGGGCGGGAGCCCGGACCGGGCUGAGACAUGGGAUUUCUUCAAGAAGCUGAACGAGCGGUGCGUCGAGUGCAGCCUCUGCCGCAAACAGCUCUGCUUCCACGCCAGCACGGCCAGUCUCCGGGAACAUCUCCGCCGCAAACACCGGCUCGGGGAAGCGCAGCCCCGUCACGGCGCCGACGAUGCCUCGUCCGGAUCCGAGUCGGUGGGUCCGGAGCCCGAGGUGACGAGGAACCGAGCGGUGGGGGAGAGAGGGGGGGUCCUGGAGUGUCCGGAGUGUCCGGAGCGGCGGCGGGACGUGCUGGACCGGCUACUGCUGGGCCUGGUUUACCGGGACCUGCAGCCGCUUGGCCUCGGGAAACAGGCCGGCUUCAAACGGCUGCUCGGUUACUUGGAGCCGAGUUACCGGCCCCCGACGGCGUCUCAGUUGUCGGCCGCUCUGCGCCGCCUCUACCUGCGGGCUCGCCAACAUCUGGCAGCACAGCUGCGCUCGGUACCGGCGCUGGCGCUAUCCACUCACAGCUGGAGCGGCCCCGGCGGUCGGCCCUUCCUCACUGUGCUAGCUCACUACACGGACGCCCGUUGGGCCACGGUGCGCUGCGCUCUCCGGACCGGCCGAGCCCCCGGUCCCGACCUCCUGCUCUCUGCCCUCGCCGACUACCAGCUCCCCGCCGCUGCCGUCAUCUGUGUGGUGGAGGAUAGCCCGCGGGCCCGGGCCGAGUGGCCGCCAUACAGCCUCCCGUGCGCCCGCCGCGCCCUCGACCUCUGUCUCCGACAAACACUGCGACUCGAGGCUCUACAACCGGCGCUCGGAGCGGCUCGCCACCUCGCCGCGCACCUGCAGCUCGGCCCGGACUCCGGACACGGGCCGGAGCCGCUGGACAUCGGUCUCCUCCAGGCUGGACAGUGGCCGGAGCUGCUGGACACCGGUCUCCUCCCGGCCGGACAGUGGCCGGAGGCGGACACUGGCCCGCACUGGGACAACACGCUACAGAUGUGCGAGCGGCUGCUGCGGAUGCGGCCGGCGCUGGACAGCGAGCCCGCACUUUCCCCGCAACACUGGCAGCUUUUGCGGGACCUGGUGUCCGUCCUGCGGCCGCUGCGGCUCGGCCUGGCCUUCCUGUCCGAGCCCCACAACGCUUCAGUGUCGGCGCUGCUGCCCUGCCUACAUGGCGUGGCCGCCGCGCUGGCCCAGUGUCCGCUGGAGGUGGCGAGCCCGGCCAGGGCUGCCGGGGCCCGGCUCCGACACUUGUUGUUGCGCCGCUGGGAACUGGAGAGCGGCCCCGAUGUGGCCACCGGUCCCGCUGGUCUGGCCGCCAUCGCCUCCUUCCUCGACCCGCGCUUCAAGGACCUGCGUUUCCUCGACGCCCGCACCCGGGACCACAUCCACCGCAAGGUGCGGGCACUGCUGGCGGCCACUCCGCCCGAACCCCGGCCUGCUAGCCCCUGCCCGCCGCCGCUCGGCCCGUCCCCAGGGCCUGCUAGCCCGGGCCCGCCCCCGGCCGCCCUGCCCAGCGACUAUGACCUGUUGUUCGGCGCGGAGCCGGCGGGCGCGAUGCCCGAGUCUCGGCUGCAGUUGGACGGGUACUUGUCCGAGCCGCUCCGCAAACGCGACUCCGACCCCUUCCACUGGUGGCGAGACAACGGGCACCGCUUCCCGGCGCUCUCCCGCCUCGCCCGGCGCUUCCUGCCCAUCCCCGCCGCCGCCGGGCCGCUCUCUCCCCGCCACAACUCCACGCCCGCCGGCGGCACCGACACCGAUGUGGAGUACAUCGUGUUCCUUCACACAAACGCCCCGUACAUCGACCUCCUCCAGUGACGCCAAACCGAGUGGCCCUUCGGCCCGUCCACUCGCUGCUGACCAUCACUCUAACCCCACGCUCCCAGUACAGCAGCGCCAGUCUCGACAGAAGAGACAUAAGGGACUGAUUGGCCCAAUCCUGCUCAUUAUGUGAUCCUAAUCCUAAUCAUGUUCUUUGAACGAAAGCUAUCCGUGCACCAUGGAAUUGGACAGAUUCCAUUUAUUCACAUAAAUAAACAAGGGCAGGACUUGAACAGUAAAUUAUAGAGUACUGGGGAUAGAUGAAGAACACAAAGCCUGGAGGUGCAGGCACAUCAUUCCCUGACGGUGGUCUGAGGUGGACAACCUUAUUUAAUCCAUCCAACACAUGAACUCAAGCCAAUCCAACAUCACCUCCCAGAAUAAACCCGUGCUGAAUCUCCCUGAUUAACCUGUGCCUUUCUUCGUGGCCUCUGCAUUGAUUCAUUCUUCCACCCUGGAGCAGAUGACCAGCGUGUAGGCACUUGCAUUCCUUCAGUCAGUGACAGCGCUCCCCAGUGGGCAGAGUUAGUCAUUGCUGUAACACUGAAACAAAAUCUGAAUCCACAAUUCAUAGUCUCGUGUACCGAGGUACAGUGAAAAGCUUUUGUUGUGUGCUAACCAGUCAGCGGAAAGACAAUACGUGGGCCAUUUAUAGUGUAUAGAUGCAUGAUAAG